AUGGAUCUCCACCAAAGCACCACCAUCGCGUUCCUUGAGAAAUGGUGUUCGGAUGACUCACCCUCUGGCUGCAGGAAACAUUAUAAUGUCAGGAAAAAACUGAAGUUGAUUCGAAUCUUGGGCCUUUUCCUGGGCCUGGUAGCCAUUAGCACUGUCCCAUUUUCAAUCAGUGCCUUUUCUGAGACAGACACACAGAGCACAGGAGAAGCCAAUGUUGUAAGUGGCCCUAGGGUAGCACAUGGUUACCAUCAAAGAACUCUCUUAGAUUUAAAUGACAAGAUUCGGGAUUACACUCCACAGCCAACUCCUUCUGAGGAAGGCAAAUCCGAGAAUAGUACAGAUCAUCCCCAAGGAGACUACCCAAGAGACAUCUUCUCCCUUGAGGACCGAAGGAAAGGCGCCAUCAUUCUCCAUGUCUUGGGAAUGAUUUACAUGUUCAUAGCCCUAGCUAUUGUCUGCGAUGAGUUCUUUGUUCCUUCUUUGACUGUCAUCACUGAAAAACUGGGCAUCUCUGAUGAUGUGGCUGGAGCCACCUUUAUGGCUGCAGGGGGGUCGGCCCCAGAACUGUUCACUUCUCUCAUAGGGGUGUUUAUCGCACACAGCAACGUUGGCAUAGGCACAAUCGUAGGUUCAGCAGUGUUCAAUAUCCUCUUUGUUAUUGGCAUGUGUGCUCUCUUUUCUAGAGAAAUCUUGAACCUGACAUGGUGGCCACUCUUUCGGGAUGUGUCCUUCUACAUCGUUGACUUGAUCAUGCUGAUUAUAUUCUUCCUGGAUAACGUUAUCAAGUGGUGGGAAAGCUUGCUUCUCCUAACUGCUUAUGUUGGCUAUGUGAUUUUCAUGAAAUUCAACGUCCAAGUAGAACGAUGGGUGAAGCAAAUGAUAAAUCGCAAUAAAGUCGUCAAGGUGACUACACCAGAGGCCCAAGCAAAGUCAUCUACAACCAGGGAUAAAGAUGAACCAGCUCUACCGACGAAGCCACGUCUCCAGAGAGGUGGAAGCUCUGCCUCCCUCCACAACAGCCUCAUGAGGAAUAGCAUCUUUCAGCUCAUGAUACACACCCUUGACCCACUUGCCGAAGAACUUGGAUCAUAUGGAAAACUAAAAUAUUAUGACACAAUGACUGAAGAAGGGAGGUUCAGAGAAAAGGCUUCCAUUCUUCACAAGAUCGCCAAGAAGAAAUGCCAAGUGGAUGAGAACGAGAGGCAGAAUGGAGCUGCCAAUCACGUGGAAAAAAUAGAACUCCCAAACAGCACCAGCACAGAAGUGGAAAUGACACCAACCAGUGACAUUUCAGAACCUGUACAAAAUGGAAAUCUCUCUCACAGCAUUGAAGCCACAGAAGCCCAGACGGCGGCUGAGGAGGAGGAGGACCAGCCUCUCAGCCUGGCCUGGCCUUCCAAUGCCCGCAAGCAGGUCACGUUCCUGAUCGUGCUCCCCAUAGUGUUUCCUCUCUGGAUCACCUUGCCUGACGUUCGCAAAGCUUCAUCAAGGAAGUUCUUUCCAAUCACUUUUUUUGGCUCCAUCACCUGGAUUGCAGUAUUUUCUUACUUGAUGGUCUGGUGGGCACACCAGGUUGGUGAGACAAUCGGCAUUAGUGAAGAGAUUAUGGGUUUGACCAUCUUGGCUGCUGGGACCUCCAUCCCUGAUCUUAUCACCAGUGUCAUUGUGGCCCGGAAGGGGCUAGGGGACAUGGCCGUGUCCAGUUCUGUUGGAAGCAACAUUUUUGACAUCACUGUAGGGCUCCCACUGCCCUGGCUCCUGUACACCGUCAUUCACAGGUUUCAGCCAGUAGCUGUCAGCAGCAAUGGCCUCUUCUGCGCCAUCGUCCUCCUCUUCAUCAUGCUUCUCUUCGUCAUCCUCUCCAUUGCCCUCUGCAAAUGGAGGAUGAACAAAGUGCUGGGCUUCAUCAUGUUUGGCCUCUACUUUGUGUUCCUUGUGGUCAGCGUCCUCCUUGAAGACAGAAUUCUUAUGUGUCCUGUCUCCAUCUAG